AUGCGUCUAGUCUACGAGCAUCUUUCAAAGCCAGAACGACACGUUACUAUUGCCGCCAUUGCCAUACCCCAAUACCCUAAGUCCCCUUACGCGGCAGUCGGUGAAGCACUCUUCUCUUACGCCCUACGAGGUGCCACCGCAAAAGUGCCAACAAGGCAAGCAUACGAGGAUCCUACCAUCGGGAGCUCUGGAGGAUCACUUCUGAUACAAGUAGAAAUAACCUACUACUUUCCAGUCUAUGCUGACUUGAUCUGGUCUCUUGAGUGCUUCCUUCAAUUCACGCGGUACAAGGCAGAAGUCCUUGGUCGAAUUACAUGGCUACUUCGCGCGAAGCCAGGUUCAGUAAUUAUGCAGAAUAAGCUUACUCUCAUAUAUGGGUCUUUGGCCGAGAGAAUCACGGAUAAGCGGGAUAACAAUACCUUGAUCCUCCGAUCCCCGGCUGAAGAUGCGCAAUCUAUACAAAUUAUCCCCCAGAUUCACAUAUAUCGACUUAAGACCGAGAAAGAGCUAGACUUGACAGCCAUCUACUCUGCAGCUCUGCAAGCAUUCAAAACCGUUGCAGUGCAGGAGGACAGGAAGUCUCGUAUAAUGCAAGAUUAG